UCGGGGAGGGGCGUCCUCCUGCUGCCACUGACGCGCCGCUGCUGGCCCCGCCCCUAUAUAAGGGGCGGCCUCAGCGCGGCCCCGACCGCGGCCGUCGCGUCUCCCGCACCGACCUGCGCUCGGGCACCAUGGCAGACCAGUCUUUUGUGACUCUAGCCACAAAUGACUCCUAUGUGAAAGGAGCACUAGUACUUGGUUCAUCCUUGCAACAGUAUAGAACAACGAGGAAGAUGACUGCACUCAUUACUCCUCAGGUCUCAGAUCUUAUGAGGAGAGUGCUGGAAAAAGUCUUUGAUGAAGUCAUAUUGGUAAAUGUCUUGGAUAGUGGGGAUUCAGCACACUUGGCAUUAAUGAAAAGACCUGAGUUGGGCGUCACACUAACAAAGCUUCACUGCUGGGAACUGACACAGUUUUCAAAAUGUGUUUUCAUGGAUGCAGACACAAUGGUUUUGUCAAAUAUAGAUGAACUUUUUGAGAGAGAAGAGCUAUCUGCAGCACCAGAUCCAGGCUGGCCCGACUGUUUUAAUUCAGGAGUUUUUGUUUACCGACCUUCCAUUGAAACAUACAGUCAGCUGUUACAGUUUGCCACAGAGAAAGGCAGCUUUGAUGGUGCAGAUCAGGGGUUAUUAAACACCUUCUUCAGCAGCUGGGCAACAACAGACAUGAGCAAACAUCUACCGUUUAUUUAUAAUUUGAGCAGCACUUCUGUAUAUUCCUACCUUCCAGCAUUUAAAGCGUUUGGUGCCAAUACUAAGGUGGUGCAUUUCCUGGGAAGCACAAAGCCGUGGAACUAUACAUAUGACUCCAGAACAAAAAGCAUAAAGGGCAACAUGGAUGACCCUAAAAUAGUUCACCCAGAAUUCCUCAACAUGUGGUGGGAUACCUACAUAGCUGAUGUUUUACCGUUACUAGAACAGCAUGGAAUUGUUAAAGAAAUCACUACAGGGGUAAAUAUGGCAGAAGUUACAGAGGCAGUGUCCCACGUAUCAGUAUCACCACUAUUACCAACUGAAUCUUCAGAAGAACGCAAGGAACGGUGGGAACAAGGCCAAGCUGACUAUAUGGGAGUGGAUUCCUUUGACAACAUCAAGAAGAAACUUGAUACCUACCUUCAGUAGAAGUGCCUGUCUCAAACAGUGGUGAUGCAAGGACUUGUUCCAGAACUAACAGCUAGAAAGGUAUAGAUGGUGGUCAGUUACACUUGCUAGUAGCUUGAGGAAAAACUUGGCUGAAGGCCUCUGCAGUGCUACAGAUGAAGACUGAGCAAAAGCUAGGAAGCAGAAUCCUUGGGCCACCUAUUACUGCCCAAUUUCCAAUUCUCCAUACUAGAAUAAAGCCAGGUAUUUUCAGCUUAAAAUUUCUUCUGUUUUGAUCAAUUGGCUCAACAUAUUCUUUAAACUGGGUUUGUUACCUCACCUCAUUAGGUGAUUAGCAUUGAUUCCUUUGCUUGCUGUUUUAGAUGUAAAAUCUAAUUCAUGGGAUUGCUCAUACACUGGAGUGGUAGCCAUUCUGCUUUACCAUAAAUGUAUUAAUGACACUGGGAUACAUACAUGUAACAGUAAUAGCACUGCUUUGCUCUUCCAGUCACAAUUGCACUGAAAUUUUGACCAGGUUCUUACGCACAGUGCCUGCAGCAUGGCAGAAUGCGUUUUUCAGUUCUGUAUACUAUGGGACUAGUAAACUGAGUUUUAUCUGUUCCUUGCAAUGUUGCACUUGAUACAAAAAUAAAAAGUUGUCAUGCA